AUGGACGCCCAUACGGCGCUAGACUCUCUGCCCUCCGAGGUGGUGGACCGAAUAUGCAGCUUCGUCGGCCCUCAAGAUCUUGUGAGCUUGCGCCUCUGCAGCCGCGCCGCGGCUGCCAAGUCUCUCCAUCAGUUCGGCCAAAAAUGUUUCGCCUACAACCGAUUCCUCCUGACCAGCAAGAACAUGGCCAUUCUUGAAGCCAUAGCCAAGCAUGAUCAUUUCCGCACCGUGGUUCGUGGGGUCUACAUUAUGCCAGCCCUCUUUGAGGGCAUGUACUCCAUGGACCAGAGGGCGUUCUGCCAAUGGGCCGCUGAGUCGAGACCUAGACGAACGCUCUAUCCGUCAGGGGCGCGCCGUGAUGAUCUUGAGAUCCCAGACGACAAGCUGCGUGAAUUUUACCCGGCGUAUAAGAAAGUCGUGGCUGAUCAUCUGGACAUCGUCUUCUCCGGCAGGUUGAGGGAAUUACUUGCAUACUGCGCCAGCCGGUUCCCAAACUGGACCUCGGUGGGGUUGUCGCAUUACAACGCCGGGCGCCAGGAUUCUCUCAACGUCAACCGUCUCCUGGAUUGCCCAGAAUGGAGAGACUUGGUUAGCAGACUCGGAUGCGAUCCGGCGAGCGCAUGGCACAGCAUCUCGCCGUUCCGAGCAGGCGACCCCAACGUGAGGGCGAGUGUUUUCACCGCUCUUCUGAGGACGUUGAUUGCUCCCGGCGCGGAAAAUCUGGCAUUGGAGGAAUUGACCACUUGCCAGGCAGCAUCAAGAUACACCUCGCGCUGCAGUGGGCUCAUGCUGGGAGAACUAGACCUGUCCAGCGAGGAGCAGGAGCUGAUCCUCGCGCGACUCGAAGCCAUGAAGCUGCAAGAGCUUCACAUGUGCAUCCGAGACUUCCACCGGCAAAAGCACCCUGAGUCUUAUUCAUUCAUGAAUAAGAUUGUUUCCCGGGUCUCGCCGACACUGACGGAUUUCAGAUCCACGAGGUCACCCACGCACGAGGGAUACGAAUAUGCAAAGCAACAGAUCUCUUGGCUGUCCCACAACACCUCUUUCACUUCACUAUGCAGACUUGAGCUUGGGGGCAUAAGCACCGAUGUGGAUGAUUUCAAGCGUCUCUUGGCAACGGCAGCCCCAACACUGCGCCAGGUCACCUUCUGGGAUAUCUACUUGAGGGUGGACAACCCACCAGCUGGAUCUGAAGAGUAUGCUCGUCUGGGAAGGCAGCAAUGGCGGCAGGUGUGGGUUUGGCUCGGAGAGAACUUGGAUCCCUCGGGAAUUACAAUGUCAUCCCUUAAUGGCCCGGGACAUGGAAGUCUACGCAUCCGCGACAGACUGCACGGAUAUAGAGGCAGUCAUCCGAUCAUUAAUGCAUCCAAUGUUGGCCUCUAUAUCAAGGAGAAGUCACAUGUAUCUUUCAAGGAAUGGAUUUCACAGCUGCGGUUUGAGAAGUUGCUCAUCAACCCCCCGGAAAGUGGCAGUAUUGACUCAGAUGAAUUAUAUUCGGAGUGA